AUGGAGUGUCCUGGAUCUAAGGGUGAUUUGAUCAUCUUCAAAAGAUCUUUAUAUGACCAUUAUGCUGUAAAUGUCGGCAAUGAUGAGAUMGUACAUCUUGCUUYUAUCGUCRAUASCCCACGUAGCGSCGACAUCGUCGAUGGUUCACMAUUAUUAUGCUSUGCAAAUUUUAAAAUGACAAUAAUUAAGAAAGAAAAGUUCAAAGACUUUUGCAAACCAGGAGAUGUAGCAGAAUUUGAAAGCCUCCCGACGUCUUUUUCAAGUGAUGAAAUUGUCGAAAGAGCUUUGUCUAAAGUUGACCAAGAAGGAUAUAAUAUACUCUGGAAGAACUGCGAGCAUUUUGCGCGCUGGUGUCGCUAUGGAGAGGAGGAAAGCGACACACUGGUAGAGGCUGUAAUAAAGGCUGUCUGUUGUGUGGCUGUUCUCGCUCUCUGA